AUGAUAACCGAUAAAGAGGCAGUUCAGACUAGGGCUGUUGAGGCAGAGUCUUCCCAGCUACGGGCUGGACGAGUUGCUCCGAUCGAUUCUCACCAAAAACAGAUGGCUGAGCAGAAGCAUGGCCAAUUUUGCACACCCCGACGCCGAGUAACUAGAGUUGUUGCUGAGGAGGUACCUCCACCUGAGGAGGUUCAUGUUGUUGUGGUUACUGAUGAGGAGAUUCAUGUGCCAAUUGCUCAAGAGGAGGUUUCUGUUGCUGAGGAGGUUCGUGUGUCGGUUACAGAUGCGGAGGUGCCUCUCAUACCUCUUGUUGACUGA